AUGAAGACAAGAGGCGAUCAAUCGCCAAUGCCCGAAAGCAAGCGCUACCAGCAGCUUAUCGGCGCAUUAUUAUAUCUCGCUGUUAAUACACGGCCGGACAUAUCUGCAAGUGUGACUAUUUUAAGUCAAUACAACAAGGAGCCCGGCACAGCUGAUUGGAAUGAAGCGAAAAGGGUCGCCCGCUACCUGCACGGAACAAAAGGCGCCGAGCUACGACUCGGAAAAAGGGGCGGCGCACCUACACUCAUCGGCUAUGCAGACGCAGACUAUGCAGAGACCCGACUUGACAGAAAAUCUUUUAGCGGCUAUACAUUUCAAUAUUGCGGAUCAACAAUUAGUUGGUCUUGCCGAAAGCAAUCCUGUGUGUCACAGUCAUCGACGGAAGCCGAAUAUAUUGCCCUCGCGGAAGCGACUCAAGAAGGAAUAUGGAUCCGUCGCUUACUUGAAGAUUUUGAAGAACGACCACAAGAAAAAACCGUGAUCUAUGAGGACAAUCAAAGCUAUCUUAAGCUCUUAGAUCACAAACGAUUUAAUCAUCGCACGAAGCAUAUCGAUACAAAAUAUCACUUCGUCAAAGAUAUUAAGGAGAAGCAGCUGAUGGAUUACCAAUAUUGCCCCACAGCAGAAAUGAUCGCCGACAUGCUAACUAAGCCAUUAGGAAAAAUUAAAUUAAGAGGCUUCGCAGAAAUGUCAGGCAUGAUAAAUUUUUAG